GGGAAAACGAUAGGGAGGGGGGCCCACAAUAUUCCAAAGAUACCUCACCUCAAAAUCAUAGGCGUUGGAAAGACAAUAGCCAUUUCUACGUCUGUUGAAAGCUUUUGGAUGGAUUCCAAUUCCAGAAAAUAGGUUUUGUAGAUACCCUUCUUCUUCGUCCUCUCAAGAUUCUCAACUCCACAGCGUACAGUUGUUAACCUGAUGCCUGGCACCUGAAUCGGAAGAAAUAACUGAGUUUCUUACCAUGAAGGUCACCCAACUAAGAGGCCCACUUCCUAAUGGGUUGACAGCUUCUCGGCAUGAAGAGAAACCCAUGAAAAAAAUGAUAAGGUCCUCUGCAUCUGGAUGUUCAGUUGAAAUCCAUAAUCUCAUGAUAAUGGACAAUGAAGUUAGUGCCCCCAACAUUGUGAAGCCUUUAUAUCUGGCUGGUGGCCAUAAUAAACCAUUCUUUUCACCAGUGAUGGCCUACAGAAAGCGCAUCUUUUCAGUGGUCAAUAGCCAAUCUCGCUCAGAUUACAGUGCGGGUACUUAUGAUGAGGGGAGUUUUACUGGAAAGAAAGGAGAUCGUCUAGGCAGUUUUAUGGAGGGAAUUUUUGAGUUGAUGGGAAUUCCUACCACCGGGUCAGGUUCUAGAAGUGUUGAUAAUGAGCUUGUAAUUCUUGCUUUACCAGCAAUUAUAGGACAAGCAGUUGAACCCUUCUCUCAAUUGAUGGAGACAGCAUUUAUUGGUAGAUUAGGUCCCCUGGAGUUGGCUUCGGCUGGUGUUUCAGUUUCAAUCUUUAACAUCAUAUCAAAGCUAUUUAAUAUUCCUCUCCUUAGCGUCACAACGUCAUUUGUGGCUGAAGACAUUGCAAAGAAUGCCCACAGGGACUCUGUCUUAGAUAGGGAUCCUCAAGAAGAGAAUGGUGUAGGUAAACCUUUUUUUGAAGCUUCACCAGAAAGAAUGCAGCUACCCUCAGUCUCUACUGCCUUGUUUUUAGCAUCUGGGAUUGGAAUCCUUGAAGCCGCAGGUUUGUACUUGGGAGCCGGAAUGUUUCUCAACAUGAUGGGCUUACCAUUAGCUUCACCCAUGCGCAUUCCGGCACAACGAUUUCUCUCACUAAGGGCUCUUGGUGCUCCCGCAGUUGUACUUUCUCUGGCUAUUCAAGGAAUCUUUCGUGGUUUUAAGGAUACAAGAACACCUUUGUUAUGUCUGGGAGUGGGUAAUAUUUCAGCUGUGUUUUUACUUCCAUUAUUCAUGUAUUCUUUUCGCCUCGGUAUAAUUGGUGCUGCCAUUGCUACCAUUACAUCUCAGUAUAUUGUUACCCUUUUGCUUAUUUGGUUUCUCAAUAAGAGAGCUGUAUUAUUGCCUCCCAAGAUUGAAGAUUUGCAGUUUGAUGGAUAUAUGAAAUCUGGUGGUUUGCUACUUGGCAGAACUCUAGCAGUGCAGAUGACAUUGUUUCUAGGCACAUCAAUGGCUGCUCCUCAAGGGCCAAUAGCUAUGGCAGGUCAUCAGAUAUGCUUGCAAGUAUGGUUGCCUGCUUCUCUCCUUUCGGAUGCGUUAGGUGCGGCUGGCCAGGCUCUAAUUGCAAGUUCUUUCUCAAAGAGCGACUACAAAAAAGUGAGAGAAAUUACUUAUUCCGUUCUAAAGACAGGAGCAUUUACUGGUGUUUUCUUAGCUAUCAUACUGGGUACAUGGUACGGUUCUAUUGCUGAAUUAUUCACUAAGGACGUUGAAGUGCUAGGAAUUGUUAGGUCUGGGUUUCUGUUUGUCUGUGCCACUCAACCCAUCAAUGCUCUAGCUUUUGUUUUUGAUGGUCUCCAUUAUGGUGUUUCAGACUUCUCGUAUGCGGCUUUUUCUUCGAUGGUGGUUGGGGUUAUGUCAUCUGCAUUUUUAGUAUAUGCUCCUUCUGUUUUUGGUCUUCCGGGAGUAUGGUUUGGUUUGACUCUUUUCAUGCUCUUGCGUAUGGUAGCAGGGCUUGUUAGAUUAGGAGUGAAAACGGGUCCAUGGUGGUUUUUGCAUAACGUGCCGGAAACUGAGAUGACUUGUUGCAUGUGAGUUCCCAUGGAUACACAUGGCAAGCAUGCACAAGAUCUGGACCGCUCUUCUGGCUGGCCCACAAUGUAUCUGCCAUGGCCCAAAAAUCAGUCAGGUCAGAUGAUCCUAACCUCUCAAUUUGAGGUGAAAAAUGGCCGCGCCCCAUUUAUGGGCCUUCUUCCGGGCUCCUUAUUGACUCAAUGAUGGAUAUCUUUUUAUUGCUAAAGAAAUUAAUAUCAAUGCUAGGACUAUCAAAGAUUUUGACCUGGGCUGAGAGGGAUCAAAUUUGAAUAUGCCUGGCCUUACCAUUUCAAAAUCCGGCCCAGACUGACCGAGGUCCAGCUCAAUGACUACCCUAAUAAAUUACAAGGAAAGUUCAAUAAACCCCAACUACGAGGAAUCUUAAGACAUCUGCGGUCUAUGAGCAGGAUGGUGCUUUAAGUGCCUGUUUGCAUUCUGGCAAUCAAAGCGGAUAGGAUUGGCCCAGUCAAUUUGUUUCCAGCAGUAGAAAAAAAAAAUGAAACAAUUGAUAUUCUGAAGUGUUACUACUUCAGGAGGGGAUGUUUUGGGCAAACCAAAUAUCCAACUUUCUUUUUAUUUGGGUCUUUAAUUUAUAUACAAAAUCCGAAUUUGGGUUCACCCCAACCAAACAGUAUAAAUAGAUAGGUGUGCGUCAAUUAUUUUAAUAAUAUGAAGUAUAUAUUUGAUACAAAUGGAUAGUUGUUUAAAUACAGAGUUUGGAUCCGAUAAAAAGGUUUGUAUUAUUGCAUCUAAGUGCAUCUAACUGUAUUUAAAUGAGUGCAAGUAUGUUGAGAUAUAGUUCAUGGGUGUGUGCAUGUUCAUAUAAGUGCAAUAUACUUAGAUGCAGUUAGAUGCACUUAAACACACUUAGACUCACAUUGUUCACAUAAAAAGCUUCGUAUUGGAUCUGGGCACUUAAAUUAAUAAGUAAGAAAGUUCUUUAAUAUGAUCAUUGCUAGAGCUUUGCUAAACCCACAUGCACGCACAAGGAAUACCAUCAACACUCCACAUGUGCCUGUGUAGCCAACAUAUGCAGUGUCCAAGCUGCCCAUUGGGUGGGUCUGACCAUCUCAACAUCUUUACCAAAAUGUUGUUAGAAACAUUUGGAUGGGCGAGAAACCUUAGCUGAGUUUUUUCAGAAACUAUCCCACCUGACACGUGGACUGGUCUGAUACCUAGGCAAGAGCACAGACAGUGGUAUCCGCCUAAUGAAUGGAUUGGAUCUUUUGCGAAUGUGCCAUGCUGGUAGAUGUGUGGCUUGAACAUGAGCUUCCUUCUACAUGCGUUUGGGCUUAGCGAAGUUCUAGUCAUCCAACUAUCAAGGGCAAAUUUGCUCUUUGAUGUUCUGAGAAUUUUCUAUUAUGAGUAGGAAAAUAAAUUCCUAUUAUAGGAAAAAAACCAGCAUAGUACCUAUGUUCCUAUCAUUUAAAGGGCUGGGCUCCAGUCCACAGUGCACUCUCAGAGUUGGUGCGCACCUAUCUCGAAUCAUCCAAAGACAGUGGACAGAAAUCCAAAAUGGGAUUUUCAAGCCACACUUUUUAACUAGUUGGGAUUCGGCUUACAAUCUUUGGGCAGUCGUAGAUGGUGGGCACGCACUUUUGGUACAUGGCCAUAUGCAUACAAUCUUUCAUGGAAGGCAUCACCAAUAAAGUUACACUUGAUCAAUGUUAGAAUUUGAUUAUUUUUUCCUCUUAUAAAUCUAAACUUAAUAAUGCUUUCUUUCCUUGUGUUGUUGCAAUUCACUUCCAAUCCUGCGCAACCGGUUGAACUGGCACAAGGUGGCUACAGUCGAUUGAAGCUCCAGUUGGAUGAGAUUACAAGCUUAAACCUCAAUCCCAUGAUUCUAUCCCUGCGACGCAAGUAUUUUACUUGUAAUUUACCAUUUUCCAUGAUUAAAUGCUUUGAUUUUGUUGUAACUGGGGAAGAAAAACUGCUUCCAUUGUAGAUUGUCAUAAACUUUGCAUUUGCAAUUUUGUCAAUGCAAUAAUAUGAUCAUGUAAUGAUGGUUUAGUCACUUGUCUCUCAGUAUCUUUGCGAAAUAUUCCUUGUAGUACUGAUUUUAUCAUAAAUAGGCAAGCUUGUACAA